AUGGCCAAGCUCUCCAUUUUUCUCAUGUGGAGAAGCUACUGGGGGAAUAAGAUUGGUAAGUCCCACAUUGUCCCUUGCAAGUUGACAGGCUACUGUGGCUAUGUGCUGGUGUGUCUGAUUCUGGCCCCUAAGGGCUCUGGCAUUUUCUCAGCCCCUGUGCCCAAGAAGUUCCUGCUGAUAGCUGGGACCAAUGACUACUACACCUCUGCCAGGGGCUGUACUGCUACUCUGAGCAACUCUGCUAAGGCCACCUUUGAUGCCAACUCCAAGAUGUACAGCUACCUGACCCCUGACCUCUGCAAAGAGCCUGUGUUCACCAAGUCCCCCUACCAGGAAUUCUCCGACCGUUUGUGA